UUCCUCAACUCUCGCAAACCACCAGUUUUUCGUCAGGUUUUGGAGGCACGACCAACUUGGGCACCACGAGCUCAACCACGAGCGUAGCCUCUAUUUCCACGAUGGACUCUGAUCAAACGGCGUUAUCUUUUGGUGGCGCCCGACCGCCUCCACCAUUUGGCGGUCAAGCAUCAGUGUCUCCGUUUGGGGGCCAACCUGCUGCGUCAGCUUUUGGGGGAUCGCAAAGUCAAACGGUAUUCGGGGGUCAAUCGACUGCGUCUCCAUUCGGUGGUUCGCAAACAACUUCGUCGGGUUUUGGUGGAACCGCAGUUGGCACCCAGCCUUUCGGGGGUUCCUCUGUUUUCGGAGACCCGUCCCAGUCUUCCUCCUUCGGAACGAAUCAAAGCACAACUCAACCAGCGUUCGGAGCAGCACAAACGACAAUGCUCUUUGGAAAACCCGUUCCUGCGUCGCAGUCCUUGUUUGGUCAAGCGUCUAGUUCCUCUCCAUUCGGAUCUCAGCAACCCGUGACUGGCUUUGGUGGUAACACAGUGGCGCCGGCGCCGCAAACGUCGUCCAUCUUCGGUGGUUCUUCUGGAAUCCCGCAGCAGCAGCAGCCGUCAGUAGGGUUUUUUGGCGGACAGUCGAAUGCUUUGUUUGGGAAAGGUUUUGCG